AUGAGUGUAAUAUGGGAAGAACCUAUUUAUCGUUUUGUUGUUGGUCCUCAUAAAGGAAAUGGUGGUGCAAUUUGUGGAAAUGAUGGUGGUGUUUGGGGAAGAUCAGAAACAUUAGACAUAUCUUUUGAAGAAGCAAGAGCAUGUUCUAGAAUUUUUUAUCAUCCAACUACUGCACUUCCAUUUUCAUUAAGUGGUGUUUCAUUUGAAGUUAAAUCAAUAAGUGAAGAUGAAACAGUCAAUUGGAUAACAGCAAAAUCACCAAAAUAUAAAUGUGGAUGUACAUUAGUUGAAACAGGAACAGGAUAUGUUAUUGGUUAUUAUGAUAGUCCUAUUACUGAAGAAGAAAAUUUAAAAGCAACACUUCAAUUAGCACGACAUGUAACAGAAAGAGGAUAUUAA